UGGCUGGUGUGUGGGUGUCAAACGGAGCUAGACGCGGCGGCGGCGGCGGCGGCGGCGGCAGCGGCGGCUGCGGCGGCUCCGCGGGCUUCGGUCGCUCCCGCCUCCCCAGUGCCACCCGCGGCCGCAGCCGCGUACCCGGGCAGGCUCGGAGGAGCGGAGGUCAUGGCUUCUGGCUUCUUGGACCUGAGGCUCCGGUGGAGGAAAUGACCGUCCGAGAUCUUGUUCCAUACCUGUUACAGAGACUGAACCUUCACAGGGCACGAACUUCCCUGGCAUAGGAAAGUCUCUCUCUUUGAAGGACUUUUACCUUUGUCACAAAGACCAUAAAAAUGGCGACUUCCUCUAUCAGACGGCAAAUGAAAAACAUUGUGAACAAUUAUUCAGAGGCUGAAAUAAAAGUGCGAGAAGCCACGUCCAAUGACCCGUGGGGCCCGUCCAGCUCUCUGAUGACGGAGAUCGCUGACCUGACCUACAACGUGGUGGCUUUCUCGGAGAUCAUGAGCAUGGUGUGGAAGCGGCUCAACGACCACGGCAAGAACUGGCGGCAUGUGUACAAGGCGCUGACGCUGCUGGACUACCUCAUCAAGACAGGCUCCGAGCGGGUGGCCCAGCAGUGUCGGGAGAACAUCUUUGCCAUCCAGACCCUGAAGGACUUCCAGUACAUCGACCGUGACGGCAAGGACCAGGGCAUCAAUGUGCGCGAGAAGUCAAAGCAGCUGGUAGCCCUCCUCAAGGAUGAGGAGCGGCUGAAGGCCGAGAGGGCCCAGGCUCUCAAAACCAAAGAGCGCAUGGCCCAGGUGGCCACCGGCAUGAGCAGCAACCAGAUCACCUUUGGCCGAGGCUCCAGCCAGCCCAACCUCUCCACCAGCUACUCAGAGCAGGAAUAUGGCAAGGCCGGGGGGUCACCGGCCUCCUACCAUGGCUCACCCGAGGCCUCGCUGUGUCCCCAGCACCGUGCAGGGGCUCCGCUGGGUCAGAGCGAGGAGCUGCAGCCGCUGAGCCAGCGCCACCCCUUCCUGCCGCACCUGGGGCUGGCCUCCCGCCCAAAUGGUGACUGGUCCCAGCCCUGCCUCACUUGUGACCGCGCAGCCCGAGCUUCCACCUCCCCAAGGGUGUCCUCUGAGCUGGAGCAGGCCCGGCCCCAGACUAGUGGAGAAGAGGAGCUACAGCUGCAGCUGGCACUUGCCAUGAGCAGAGAAGUAGCUGAGCAGGAAGAACGCCUCAGGCGGGGGGAUGACCUCCGACUACAGAUGGCCCUAGAGGAAAGCCGAAGAGACACGGUUAAGGUUCCAAAAAAAAAAGAGCAUGGUUCCCACCCACAGCAGACCACUCUGUUGGACUUAAUGGACGCCCUCCCCAGCUCCGGCCCUGCUGCCCAGAAAGCAGAGCCCUGGGGCCGAUCAGCCUCAGCUAACCAGACAAACCCCUGGGGCGGGCCGGUGGCCCCAGCCAGCACUUCAGACCCGUGGCCACCAUUUGGUGCCAAGCCAGCUGCCUCUGUCGACCCAUGGGGCGUGCCCACUGGCACCAGCACACACUCCGUCCCCAAGGGCUCAGACCCCUGGGCGGCCCCGCAGCAGCCUGCACCCAGUGCCGGGAAAACAGCGGAUGCUUGGGCUGCAGCCUCAGCUGCCAAGCCCGUCUCAGCCUCUGGGGCCUUUGAUCUGUUCAGUAAUUUGAAUGGUACAAUUAAAGAUGACUUUUCUGAAUUUGACAACCUCCGAACUUCAAAAAAACCAGCCGAGGCAGUGGCCUCUCCACCAUCCCAAAACAAUGGAACUACGAGCCCGGACCCCUUUGAGUGCCAGCCCCUGCCCGCUGCCUCAAGCAAGCCCAGCAGCGCCCGGAAAACACCUGAGUCCUUCCUGGGCCCCAACGCGGCCCUGGUGAACCUGGACUCGCUGGUGACCAGGCCAGCCCCACCGGCCCAAUCCCUCAACCCUUUUCUAGCACCAGGUGCAGCUGUGCCCUCGGCCCCCGUCAACCCCUUCCAGGUAAACCAGCCCCAGCCAUUGACGCUGAACCAGCUGCGAGGGAGCCCAAUCCUGGGGACCAGUGCGUCCUUUGGGCCGAGCCCAGGUGUGGAGCCCAUGGCGGUGGCCUCCAUGACCUCCUCAGCCCCACACCCGACUCUGGGGGCCGGCGCUUCCUCCCUGACGCCGCUGGGCGCCCCCUCGAUGAACAUGGUGGGCAGCGUGGGCAUUCCUCCCUCGGCAUCUCAGGCCACCAGCGCGACCAACCCCUUCCUUCUCUAGUGCCCAGGACUGGGACCCACCGCAGAGUGAAUGCCCAGAGCAUCUGUGCCUGAGGAUGCUGAGCAGGGACUCGAUUGUGGAAUGGUGUGCGAGAGUGUGUGUGGGGGGGUGUUAGAGCUUUCCAGUUCCGGCUUCCUGAUCAAAGGGUUGUCUUCAUAGCCCCGACCCUCAGACUCAAACGGCGGCAAACCUGCUGGAUGUCAGACAUGGCACAUGGGGUUCCGCACCUUCUGAGGCUGCCCGCCUGCCCAUCCCCAGCCCACAGCCCUCGGGAGGGGCCCGACCCGGCUGCCUCCCUGCUGCCUCCCAGGCGCGGGGUCCUGAUCCUGGAGAUGGGUUAGCUCUCUGGAGCCUUAGACGAGGAAGGGGGUGGAGGCAGGAGUUGUCAGCGUCACCAGUGUCGCCUUCACCCUGGCCGCCUCAGCCUGAGGGCCUCUGGGACACCGCCUGGCCCAGGCCUCAGGACGGCCGCCCUGUCUCUGCGCUCCCAACCCCCCCCCCCCCCCCCAGCGCUAGCAGCACCCCAGGCAGUCCCGGGUGUGGACAGAAUGAAGCACCGGCGCCACGAGACACUGACCUUUAGGGGAAGUGGUUGUGCAUAUUUUAUUUUUCUUUGACUCGUGUGUGAGUUCAAAGUAAACACCACCGUGAAACAACUCUUGAAUUAAAUCCACUAGAGCAAGCUUUAAACUAAUCUGAGCAUAACCCUGCCACGUGGCUCUAUGCUUGUAUACGUUUGCACAUAUUUUGUUUAGUACAGUUUCAUAUUUGAGUUUGCAGAAUUAUCUAAUAGUCUUUUUUUGGCUAAUAUUUUUAUAACGUGGUUCUUAUUUAACUGUCUAGUUUUGAUAGAAUUUACCAGGUCUGGCUGAAUUAAGAUAUUGGCACAUGUCAUGUUAGUGGUUUAAACCCUCUUAUUUAUGGUUUUUAACUCUAAGGAAAUUUAAAUAGGAAGAGACAAAAAAAAAUGCCUUAUGGAAAAAACUAAAGCAAAUUCUUUAUAGGGAAAAAUACGGGAUUUUGGUUACACAGAAAAGAUGAUGUAUAUUUAAAACAACAACAACAAAACCUACAACAGCAACAAAAAGUCUCAGCCUCUAGUUGCCUUUUCCUUUCUUUUAUUCUCUUUUUUGGUGACUUACCAAACUGAUUGACCUGCAAUCUUUUGGGCUAGAUCCUGAAAGAGGCUAUUUUUCUUACUGCUACACCAACAUCAAGUUAAAGGAAAAAAACCCUAAUGUAUGAAUGUGACUCACCAGUUUUUAUCAGCUAAUUUCCCUUUUGUAACUGAAGGCAUGCACAGAUCAACAAGGACUUCCAUUGACAGUGGAAAUUUGAAACGGAAGAGGCAUCUUGACCCUUGUGUGUCUGUGAUCUCCUCUGUCUUAAUCCGCACUCAGGGUAAGGAUGGGGAUGGCAUGGUGUGACGGCAGGCGUUGUGGGGGGCACCGGCUCCCUGGGGCUGGCCUCCAGGCCGCGAGGGUGAACGACCAGGGCUGGCCCUGACCCACUCACCUGCUAACUCCAGACACACACUGCAGACUUAAAAAUAAUCAGCUCUUAUUUUGGAGAGGAAAAAAAAAAAGUCAUUCUCACACAAUAGAUUUUUAACAAACAUGCACUAAUAUUACCUCCUUCCCAAUUUCCUGCUUUCCUUGCCCCACUCACCACUAGGAGAAAAAGUAUGAAGUCAUGAAAUAAAGACCAGAAAAGAUGUGCUUCUCCCCAGGGAAGGGACCCCUCCCCUCGCCGCCUACCCCAGCCCCCCUAUCCUCCUCCGGUGAGUUUGCUGGCCUGCGUUCCAGUCUUGCUUUCCACUGUGGACUUCUCUACCCCGACUCCAAGGGCAGCUGACCCCUGGGUGUGCCUCCACUCUCCCCGGUUCCGGGAGGGGAUCUGACCCUGAGCAGGGCGUAGGAGCACCAAGAGGCCAGGAGGUGAGCAGGCCGAGUCAGAACAGCCUUCCCCAGCCACUCCUGUCCCCCAUCUCUAAAAGCUCCCCCAUGCUGCGGCCCUAGGAGCCACCCUGGAACUCCUGGCCAGCCACCCCUCUGCCAGAGCCGGGGAGCUGGUGCUGGGCUGUGGGCUCCAGCCCACUCCAGCCUCUUCCCACCCGGGGAGGGUGGAGACAGGGAAGGGCCCACAGGUUGCUCCCCUGGGAGGCACUUAUACUCAUGGUGCAACCUGGACCCCUUCCCAGGCCAGUAGACCACACCUGAUGACUUGGUCAGGGAUUCUUCUGUAACAGCCAAGAACCCUUCCUGAUUUGACUUUGAGGCCCCAACAUUCUAGCCACGGGGCCGCCCAGGCCCCAGAAGACCCCUCCCCGCCCCACCCAGUCCCCCGGCACAGGCCCGUCCCCGGCGCCUUGUCCCUGUUGCCUGCUGCACUGAUCAUGAAGCCACCGGCCUCUGCCACGCGUGUAGUACACAUGCCAUCACACUCCCUCCUGAUGGGCGCUGUGUGAGGGGGUGUCACCCAGCCGUUUUCUCAGUCUCAGGGGCCGGUGGCUGGUUUUGAACUUGUGUUGACUAUUGAUACUUAUUUACUGUACAAAUAUAAUUUAUCAUUUGUAUCAUCA